AUGCCGAUCGCUGUCACAGUGACUGAGGAAGGUUGGAUCAACCAGGUACUUAACCAAAAAUUCAACGAUAUCAAAAAGCAGCUUCAUGGUCGAAGCCUCGCGGAAUGCUACCAGGCUCUGAUCGCCUUCCGGGACGCGGCUAGUCUCCUUGCUGAUGCCGUCGCAAAGGAAGUCCCUGGCCUCGUCGCUAACUCUGAUUUUGCGGACAAUACCUCGGCCGCGAGACCCACGGAGGACGCGUCCUCGUCGUCGGCCAGAGACCUGGUCGAUGCCGACAUUCCAUUCAGCAUCAAAAACAACUACACUUUGGGCAAGCUAGUCUCUAUUGCCAACGCGGUCAAGAAUGAUCUGCUCAACUCUACAAUUUGGGUCACAAUCAACAAUCGUCUCCAGGAAAAAGCUAUUCUUCAGCUCUUUCCUCGAGAAGUCAUUGAACGCCACGACGGGGGGAUGUCUCGCCACCUGUCCGAAAACAUGCACGAUACUGUCAUCGCCAAGAUCAUGCAUGGAGAGACCAUUGAGAUUGUUGGCAAGAUGACCAUGGGUAUCUCUGUCGAGACGAUGCUUAUUGCAGCGGGAGCCGGACACAAAUAG